AUGGCUACCGUCGAGAAGACCAAACAGCAACCCAAGAAGCUUCCCGUGCAGGAAGACCUGUCCGAUGGCGAAGAUUAUGACAGUGCCGAUGACUAUACCGACGAAGAGGAAGAAGAGAUCCCCCAACCCAAAAAGAACAAGCAGGUGCAGCGCCGGAAGCCCCUGCAACAACAAGACGACGAUGAUUCCGAAUACACCGACGAAGAUGAAUAUGACGAUGAAUAUGAUGAUGAGUACACCGACGAUGAAGAUGCUGCCAUGCAACCCUACUCCAACAACAAUUCGAAUUUCAAACCCACCGGUGGCAUGGAUGUCCUCCACAAGGAGGAGAAGUCGAUGCUGGACGAAGAAGGCAUGAAACUGCGACUGGAACUGAACUUGGAAAUUGAGGUUGAACUCAAGGCACGUAUUCACGGCGACCUCACCCUGGCUCUCAUGUAA